ACACAGCAAUAUUUUGGGGGCGGCGCGCCUGUGGGCCCCGUGUGUUUGCUGCUCAGAGGCUCCUGCACAGAGAUGGCAAGACAACCGUAGCAGACUGGGGCCUAUACGGUUGGGCUUUUCACCGACAACCGUAACCUAAGAGACGCAGAGAGCGGGAACGGAGCGGACACCGGACGAGAGAAACCAUGGGACACCGAGUGGACUGAACCAGAGGGUCGAGCAGCGCACCCCAAUUGUCUCCCACUGUGGUGUGUGACAUGGCCACGGCCUCUUCGAGAGCCGAGUCUAGCCAUAACCACAGAGGAACAUCACAGCUCCAUGCCAUUGUUUCCUGUGCCAAAUUCAAGAGGAAGAAAAGUCUGUUUGGGACUGCCAUUUAUGUGGAGGUGACAGCGGAGGGGGAGACGCGACGCACAACGAAGUCCAACAGCUCCUCCAGUCCGAAAUGGGAUGAGACGCUCACUCUGAAUGUAACACCGCGCACACAGGUGGAUUUCAAAGUAUGGAGUCACCACACCCUGAAGGCAGACGCUCUGAUCGGCAAAGCCACGCUGGACCUAAUUCAAGCCUUGGAACAGCAUGACGGGAAAUUGGAGAAUGUGAAGGAGGUGCUGAAACUGAGCGUGGAGCAGAAGGGAGUUCUGGUUCCCGUUGGCGAGCUGACCGUCUACCUCGAUGGCCUGACCGUCACUGGCCAGGAAGAACUGGCACCGCUUACCAACGGCAAUGCAGCAAAUGGCACCAAAGUCCAACAGAAUGGAGAUUCCAUCCAUGAAAAUGGAGACUCGUCUUCUUCGUCGAGGGCUGCUAACAGCGCAUUGAAUGGGACGGCUGUGGGCCCCAGGUCCACUUCCUGUUCGGUCUCCUAUGGUGUGGAUGGACAGGAGCCUUCCAGCUCCUGCAGCCUCGGCCUCGGCCACGUCAUCAACGGAGACAUCACACCCAACUCCACCCCAGUCCACCAACCUUCAGACGUUGACACGGAGAGUAGGCUGGUCAAUGGAGAGACCUGUGAGGCUGCGCCUGGGCCAUCGCCUGCUACAACGGGUGAUGUGCUGCCCCCUGCAGAUGACCGUGAGGACUGCAACCAAGAAGCCUCCCCGCCAUACCACGACACGGCACCGGAUGGCACACCUCAGACCCAGCCAACCUCUACACAGCCUCCGGCCUUCUCUUCCACUGCUAAGCCUACAGAUGGCACUGCUGCUGCUUCCUCUGCAUUAACCUCCUCGGCACAGGGCCCCCAAACCAUCACGACCUCCUCAUCAACGUCCUCCCCCCCCCCGGCUAUAGAAGAAGCGAAUGCUUCCGGAGUCGGCGGCGGUGGUAGCAGUACUAGCAGUGCAACUGUAACUACCGAUGGGGCCAAGCCCAGGCAGCAGGUCCCCAAUGCUGGAGCUGCAGACCCUCUGCCGCCGGGGUGGGAACAGCGUAAAGAUCCGCAUGGGAGAACCUAUUACGUAGACCACAACACCAGAACUACAACCUGGGAAAGACCACAGCCACUACCACCAGGUUGGGAGCGUAGAGUGGAUGACCGGGGCAGGAUCUACUAUGUGGACCACAACACCCGCACCACCACAUGGCAGCGUCCCACUAUGGAGUCGGUCCGCAAUUUUGAGCAGUGGCAGAGCCAGCGCAGCCAGCUGCAGGGAGCUAUGCACCAGUUUAACCAGCGAUACCUCUACUCUGCAUCCAUGAUGUCGGCUGAGAACGAUCCUCUCGGCCCACUACCUCCUGGAUGGGAGAGGCGUGUGGACUCCAAUGACCGAGUGUACUUUGUCAACCAUAGCACCAAGACAACGCAGUGGGAAGACCCCCGGACCCAAGGGCUACAGAAUGAAGACCCUCUUCCUGAAGGUUGGGAGAUCCGGUACACGCGGGAAGGAGUUCGCUACUUUGUGGAUCACAACACCCGGACCACCACGUUCAGCGAUCCCCGCACCGGGAAGUCCUCUGUCACCAAAGGCCCUCAGAUUGCUUAUGAGCGCAGCUUUCGAUGGAAGCUUGCCCAUUUCCGCUACUUGUGCCAGUCCAAUGCUCUCCCUAGCCAUGUGAAGAUCACCGUGUCCAGACAGACGCUGUUUGAAGACUCUUUCCAGCAAAUUAUGGCCCUGAAGCCUUACGACUUGAGGAGGCGACUCUAUGUUAUCUUCAGAGGCGAGGAGGGUCUGGACUAUGGUGGCUUAGCCCGAGAGUGGUUCUUCCUGUUGUCCCAUGAGGUGCUGAACCCCAUGUACUGUCUGUUUGAGUACGCUGGCAAGAGCAACUACUGUCUGCAGAUCAACCCCGCCUCCGCCAUCAACCCGGACCACCUCUCCUACUUCUGCUUUAUAGGCCGCUUCAUCGCAAUGGCACUUUUCCACGGCAAGUUCAUCGACACAGGCUUCUCUCUGCCUUUCUACAAACGCAUGCUGAACAAGAAGCUGCUACUCAAAGACCUGGAGUCCAUCGACCCAGAGUUCUACAACUCGCUUAUAUGGAUACGGGACAACAACAUCGAGGAGUGCGGUCUGGAGAUGUACUUCGCAGUGGACAUGGAGAUCCUGGGGAAGAUCACUUCUCAUGAUCUCAAACCCGAUGGCACCAACGUUCUGGUCACUGCGGAGAACAAGGAGGAGUACAUCAGGUUCAGUAUAACCGCCGUCUCCUCAAAAUGCUCCCGCGAUCUUUUCUUUUGUCCUUACAAAGUACGUCUGUGCGAUGCUCUUAGUCUGAUGGCAGAGUGGAGGUUCUCCCGUGGGGUGGAAGGUCAGACCAAAGCUUUCCUGGACGGCUUCAACGAGGUGGUCCCACUUCAGUGGCUCCAGUACUUUGACGAAAAGGAGCUGGAGGUGAUGCUCUGUGGGAUGCAGGAGGUCGACCUUCAGGACUGGCAAAGGAACACGGUGUAUCGCCACUACACGAGGAACAGCAAACAGAUCAUCUGGUUUUGGCAGCUGGUGAAAGAAGUGGACAACGAAGUGCGACUGCGGCUCAUGCAGUUUGUCACGGGAACCUGCCGGCUGCCUCUGGGCGGCUUUGCUGAACUCAUGGGAAGUAACGGGCCCCAGAAGUUCUGCAUUGAGAAGGUGGGGAAGGACACGUGGCUUCCUCGGAGCCACACAUGCUUCAACCGUCUGGACUUGCCUCCUUACAAGAGUUUCGACCAGCUGAAAGAGAAGCUGCUCUUUGCCGUCGAGGAAACGGAAGGAUUUGGCCAAGAAUAAACGGACUCUUGUAUUUCUCUCUCUCUCUCCCCGUCGCUGUCUAUUCAGCCAAGUUAAACAAACGACAACAAAAAGAAUUGCACAAGAUAACCACCAAUGUAUAUAAGCUAUUUUGUCAUUUUAAACCAAAUCUUAAUUUGCAGCAUCGUUUUUGCCGCAAUCCUGUUUCUCAACCCUUAAAUAUGAUACCCCAUCAUGAAAUAUGCAAGCAUUUCAGCAUUUCUGCUCCUCUGUUUGAAACAGAAAUCAUGGAUAUCUUUUUAAUGUCCUCCCCACUGCGGACUGGCUUUUUAAAAGAGACUGAUAGUGUUUUUGAGAGGAUUUUUUAUAGUUGGAGCGCAAUCUUCUUUUAAAGCUCUAGUUCUAUAGAGCUACCAAACGGCAAGAGUGGUAUUGGGGUCUGGUGCCUAAUUUUUUUUAUUCCCCCCCCCCCCCCCGUUGGACUCAUAGUAAUUGUUGCAGUUUUUUUGCGUGCUUGCAUGGCUGCUUCUGAAGAUUAGAAGACUCCUGUGACCGCCCUCUUCCACCCCCUACACUACACGGAUACACAACCCUCUCCUCUUCGAGUCAGAAGCGUCAUCGGAUCCUCCCUUGGAUGAUGUCGUGAAGAUAUCAAAAGGCCGACGAUGAAUCGAGAAAGGAUCUAAAUUGCGGAUAAAGUGUGAAUUGCGUGUGGUGGUGGCAGUGGGCACUGGGGGGGUCAGAGUCCAGAUGUUUUAAGCCACCUUUUAGGAAAAUUGUCCCAACAAGACGAGAGACUCCGUAUUCUCGGCUGGUUCUCUUUUGCUUUUUUUUUAAGCGUCCUCUGAAGGAAGACGGCCCUGUGGUUUACACAGCAACAAGGCGUGAGGAGGCUGACCCGAUGACCUACGGAUCACAUUGACUUGGACCCCCCAGGUGUCGGUACCACAGGAGACGCAUCCCCUUCCGGGCAUCUUUCAACUUCAUCUGAUCAGAACCAAGACGGCCUCUGAUAUUUGUCCAUCUCGUGUUGUAUUGCGGUCCAAAAGGCUCCCGGUCACACGAAAGUUAAUGUACUGAAAGCCCACGUUUCAGCUUCACUUCUUACCAUCCAUUAACCCAUCACAACACCAGCCUAGGAGGCAUAACAAUCCCAACAUUAUUACUAAAUGGCAGUACUUUUAUAAUUCGGUGUCAAAGGAGACCGGCACUGAAGAAAAUCAAAUGUCAUGUCAUGAAAGCAACAUAUUUAUAAAUAUUGCAUGGAGGCAGCGGAGUGGAAACUGUUUAAUAGAAAAUAAACAUUAAAACACAUUUAGGGGUCGACGGUGUCGGGACAUAACGAUUCGGUCAGCAGCCGGACUGAAGCCACACGGCGAGCUCCAGGCCGCGUGGCGAGCCUCGCUCCCGAGGUCAUCCACCCGGUUCACUCGGUCAGUCUCAGGUGCUGUGCUGAAGUAAGAGAGCCUUAGUUUGAUAAAAAAAAAUGCAUGAGUCUGUAAAUCAGUAAAAAAAAACUAAUCCAAAAAGAUGAUCGAGUUCAUGAGACCGCAGACCAAACGACGCGUGGAGACUGACGCAGCAUUGCUACAUGUCUUUUUAUUUUGCGCCCUCGUCCUUUCUCCUUUAAUGCUUCGGGGGGACACGCGUUUAAUUUCUUCAGAAUGUCACGUCUUAACUGUUUCUAAACUCUGGUGCUUAAUCUAUUGCUCAGUGGUCUAAACGCAGCUCUGGCAGGCCAUCCGCCUCGUUUCCUCUAGCAUUGUGGGUAAUUACAUUUCCUUUCUCAGACCACUGCAAACAGCAGAAAGACGCUCGGGGCGUGCGGCUCCUCGAGCCGGAGUCAUGUACAUAGCGUGUUCAGCCGGCGGAGGGGGGGUCGUACGAAGAAAGAACAUUUACUGUCGCGAAAGGAGCCGACUUGUGAAAGGAGUCCACACUGCGUAACUCUGUGCUUCCUUUUGAAACAGAAACCUGUAAUCAAAGAAAAAAUCAACUGUGUAUGUGAAUAUUCAUUGUAUAAAGAUAAUGAAAGUAAAUAAAGUACUUAAAUAUUAUAAAUAAUCA